AUGGCCAAUAUCACUGUGGUGACAGGAUUCCUCCUCAUGGGCUUUUCCAACAUCUGGGAGCUUCAAGUCUUACAUGCCAUCCUCUUCUUGCUGAUCUACCUGGUGGCUCUAAUGGGUAACAUACUUAUUUUCAUCCUCAUCUCUCUUGAAGGGAAACUUCAUACACCUAUGUACUUCUUCCUAAAAAACCUGUCCUUUUUAGACCUCUGCCUUAUUUCCAUCACAGUCCCCAAAUCAAUUGCAAACUCAUUAAGUCGCAGCUGCUCCAUCUCUUUUUUGGGAUGUGUAUCACAGCUUUUUUUAAUGAUGUUAUUUGCAGCAUCGGAGCUUUUUCUCCUCACAGCAAUGUCCUAUGAUCGCUAUGUGGCUAUCUGUCAACCCCUACAGUAUGAGGUCAUUAUGACCAGAAGGACUUGUGUGAAGAUGGCAGCUGCUUCCUGGCUCAGUGGAGGUUUGUUUGGGGGCCUGUACUCAGCUAGUAUAUUUACUUUGCCUUUCUGUGAUUCCAAGGAAAUCCACCAGUUCUUCUGUGAUGUCCCAUCCUUACUCAGGAUCUCCUGCUCUGAGACACACCUUGCAAUUGAUGUCACUAUGGCUUUUGGGCUUGGUUUAGGGAUUCUUUGCUUUAUUUCCAUAGCUGUCUCUUAUGGUCCUAUAUUCUCAACUGUACUGAAGAUACCAACUACAGAAGGUAAGUCAAAAGCCUUCUCCACUUGCCUGCCCCAUCUCAUCGUUCUCAUGGUUUUUAUCACAACAGGUGUCAUUGCUUAUCUAAAGCCACCUGAGGAAUCUGACUCAGUUCUUGAUCUGUCAUUGUCUCUGUUCUAUACAGUGGUACCCCCAACCCUAAAUCCUGUCAUCUACAGUCUGAGAAAUAAGGAUAUAAAGAAUGCUCUGAUGAAACUCAUAGCCUGGAAAUAUUUCUCAAAGGAACUAAUAGCAAAGUGUUUUCCAUGA